AUGUUCAAAUCUAAGUUUUCAACCAAAGAGUCUGCAAGUGGAAUGAUUUCGAUGCAAGAGACGUGUAAUGCAGGUGGAAUUUUUUCGCGGUGGGCGGAAUGUGAGCGUAUACUAGAAGCUGAUUAUGAUGAACUGGAAUUGGAGGAUCUGGAGCUGGAAGAUGAACUUGAAUCCGUUGAUGAUAUUGACGCUGAUCUAUGUCUAAAGUUCCAAUGUUAG